CGUAUGCAUCGUAGCGUAUAAACCCCACCGCCGCAUUACGCGUCCCCCUUUAAAUCGGGCAAUCGCCGCGGACGCCCCAGCCCGUGCGUCCUCGCAGCUUAAGGACCCCGACAAGGUGUCAUGGCAGCGCCCAGCAGGACGAGCGUGCUCGCGCUGUACAAGGCUCUGCUGCGGGAGAGCGGCCGCUUCACGAGCUACAGCUACAGGGAGUACGCCCUGCGCAGGGUGAAGGAUGCCUUCCGGGAGAACCGCGCCUUGCAGGAACCUGAGAAGGUGGCGAGUCUGAUGGCACGAGCCCAGGAGAGCCUCGAUGUCAUUCGCCGGCAGGUGGUGGUGGGCAAUCUGUACUCGGUCAACAAGCUGGUGAUCGAGGGUGGACAAUAGAAGGGGGCUCCAGUGGUGUAGUCGCUCCACUGCGGUCCGGCUCUCUGAGGCAACCGGCUACCUCCGUGUGUGUGCGCGCGUCUUUGUGACUAUGUUUGUGUGUAUGCAGGCCUUGGUGUUGUAUAGAUUCGCGCACCGCACCGAUAUCCUAGUAACCUGGGUUCAAUUCCUUGCCCAUGGUGCACAUUAACUCCGGUGGUCAAGUGAGUUUUAAUCCCCACGCGGACCUCCACUAGGUCAACUCUGUGUAAAAUUAGCUCUACCCAAUUCCAGGGUGUGCUUUAUGGGUGGUCAGGUGCGCAUUGCUCUGGCCUCACUGUCCACCUGCGUGCCAUGCCGGCCUUAGUAAUGUACACGCUCGCAACACCGGCCUCAACAGUCUGUACAACAACAUGGAGACUCCCACUCUGUGUUGGUAUGUGUGUAGAUCUGUACGUGUGUGUGUGUGAGCACUGCGUAAAGGCUGGCACCCAAGUCAGCCAUGGCUAUUAGCAGCGGCGAGUGAUGUCGAAACCGGUUUUCGACGUCCCCUAGGUCGACUCGACCAUAAAUGAGUACCUGGUGCAGUGUGGAAACACAAGCACUGGGGAGCCAAAGGCAUAAUGAGGUUACACCAACUCGUGCACUAUUCUAGCCUUCGUAUGUGCUCGCUAAUAGCACUUUCCCCAAAUUGUUUGUUCAAGGCUGUGCAGGAGAUUAUUGAUUUUGACCUUUGUUAAUGCCGUAUCUACGUGUGGUGCGUUGCCAUGUCUGUAUCUGUGUCUAUUUGUGUAUGUCUUUAUAUUUGUGUGUGUGUGUGUAUUUGUAUAUACGUGUGUGUAUUUUUAUGUGUGUGUGUGCAUGCCUUGUCAUGUCUGUAUCUGUGUGUAUGUAUCUGUAUUUGCAUGUGUAGUUGUAUCUACGUGCGUGAUUUUUCAUGUCUGUAUUUGUGUAUUUGUGUGUGUAUCUGCAUAUACGUGCUUGUGUUUGUAUCUAUGUGCGUGUGCGUGCUUUGUCGUGUCUGUGUGUUUGUAUCUCUCUCUGUGCGCUUCUGUAUCUUUGUCGUAAUUCUCCGGAGAUGCUCGCACACACUCACGCGGUGACAGCGGCUGCUUAGGAUGCAGGAAUCUGGACCGGAUUCUGUCCGUGGAGUCGGAUACUCCGCAGUAAGAGCGCCGCCACCCUUCAGUUUGUCCACAGAGAACACCGACCGUUUACACCCGGGCAGGACACACGCUGGGACACGCACAAGGAACCAGAAAAGGUGUCUACAAAUGUCGAAAAGUGAUGCAGCUAAUUAAUGAAAGCUUAAGCGAAUAAACAUAUGUGUGUAAAUUAUAGUAACGCGCGCUGUCGGUGUCGAGCCAUUUAAUGAUCGCAGCUGUUUGUUGUUUGUCGUCUUUGCAAAAAGAAUAAAUAAAUUUGCUUGUCCAA